GCUUAAUUGGGCGAGGACACUGCGGAAGCGACGGGCUGGCUCAGCAGCCAUUGAUGCGCUUUAUUUCCAAGAGGACAAAUCGAGAUUAAUUCUUCCAUAUCUGCGCUUUCUGUGGACUGAAGCCAUGGUGUCUCACUCUCUCGCCCUGCCGAUGAUCUGCUUCACCACGCUAUGGGCGCUGGUGGGGGUCGUGGCUCCAUUUUUAGUGCCCAAGGGACCCAACCGGGGUGUGAUUGUCACCAGUCUCAUCCUCACAGCGGUCUGCUGCUACUUGUUUUGGUUGAUAGCCAUUCUGGCCCAAACCAACCCUCUGUUCGGCCCUCAGCUGAAGAAUGAAACUAUAUGGUAUCUGCGCUACUUCUGGGAGUAAACGAGGACUGUGUGACGGGACGCCUCUCAUCAUUCCUAUCCCGUGGUUGGCUGGACUUUCUUUCAACGCAACUCCUAACCAUUAAACAUUCCCAGAAUCUGCAGAAUUCACGAGACAACAACUGAAAAGUCAGCAUCAGUUUUCUUUGCAACCUUUGCAAAUAUUUACAAUUAUGUACCGUACCUGGAAUUUAAGAUUUAGAGUUUAUGAAGACACAUGUUGUGGGUUUUUAAAACAAGGAGGAAUCACUUAAAUGUGUCUAGUGACCCCAAUACAGUGCACGCAAGUUGUGACUUAGUUAACAGCAGGAUUCGUGAACAAAUCAAAAAUAAGGAAAGCAUUGAGUGUUUUUGUCUGUUACUGAUACGAAUGAUUUCCAGUGAAACCAUAACAUCAUCUGUUAGGAGUAGAUAUUAAUCUUCCAUCUCUGAAAUGUGCAAUCCUUAGAUACUUUAGUUUAUUUUGUGUUUGUUUACAUUUUUGGUUUUGUGAAGCUGCCAUCAGGGAACUUGAAUUUCUAAGUGUUUGUAUUUAUUUAGCCUGCAGGCACUGAUGUAAGCGUGUUGUAAUUACCUCAGUGUCCACAUGGUCUUGUUAUAUAACUGUUAUUAUCUGUGAUGUAAUGGUGCGUGUGAGUGUGUGAGAGUGUGUGUGAAGGGUUCAUUACUGUGAGUGCUUGGACCGCGGCCAUGAGAAUCUCCCAAAACCAUAAAAGUGAAGAGCGAUUCCCUCCACUUUAGACCACUUCAGCAUGAAACUCCCUCCCACAUUCUCCUCAUGCUCUACACCGCGGAGGUCCUCGUUGCCAUGGUGAUCUCAUUGCCCAAUUCAGUCCCUCUCCACUCGACCCCUUUUGAUGAAAUCCUGCCCAUUCUCGCCUGCUUGUGUACAGAUGUACUGUAGGUUGUACUGUAGGGACAUGUUUUUGGAUUGAAGCCGCUGGUAGCUGCUGAUACAUUUGGUGAUAAUGCCCACUAUCUUAACAUUUCAUUCUCCAAAAAAUUCGUUUUAAGCAUUUUACCUUAGAAUCAGCCUUUGAAAACAGCAGUUACACCAAGUUCCUCAUUUAAACAUCAGCUAAUGAACUCUUUCGGGGUUAGGAGCUCCUUAAGGCAGCGUGACCCCUCACAUCUUUUCAGUAGCAGAGUAGCAGAGAAAAAAAAGCUGCUUUUAAAUGGAUUCAGAUGCCGCAAAACAAAGCAAUGAGAAAACUACAUUUCACGAAAGAAACUGUUAUUUCAUUGCACGUUUUUCAGUAGCUGUAAUCUGUUCCAAACCCCCAUCGCACGCGUGGUGGAUGCUUCUGACUGGCUAAUGUUGGAUAUUUAAUUAAAGGCAAACAGUACAUCAGAUCACAGUGCGGCCAAACCCUAGUUUGUAGUUUCUUGUUUAUAUGGCUGCAUAAUGAAUUGUUAAAGUAAGGUUGAUAAAGUAAGGAAUACUGGUUUUAGUUAAUUUACUGUAGAAGUCGCAGGAAAUAAUGAAAAUCUUGGCUUCAAAAUCCCAAAAUGCUGUAAAUUGAUGUUCCUAAGAACAAGACUAAUCAGCAUGUGCUAACUGUGCUGCCCUGUAUGCGACAGAGUGCACAUGUUAAUCUGUACACAUGCAUUUGAGUACGGAGCAAGUUGCGUUCACACUACCACCAGCUGGAAAAGUCGUUCUCCAGAAGUCUAGAGGUCAGGCGUUAUUUCUGUUGACUGUGGUCUCCUCCAGUGCAGAACAGUCCGCUGCAGCUGGUCACCCACUGCUGACCAAUCAGACACUAGCAUUGCUAUACCAUUCUCUCCGCAGCAAAAGUACAUCAGCCCAUUGCCCAUCAGUCAAUGGGCAGAGAAACAGUACGGUGAUGUGCUUCAUAGCAGAACAUUAACAGUUCAAUGAUAUGAUUUUCAAGGUCAGAAAUUUAGUUUAUGUCAUGACAGUGUUGGAGAGAAGGUCGCCAGCACUGCCAAAGUUUGCGGUUGUUCUUUGGUACAUAUGUACAUCGGCGUAACAGCAUAUAUUAGGUUUCCUCUCCAGCGGUCAGGCUUACAUAACUUGCCUCAAAAAGGUUGCUUAUUUUAUCUUUUUUUUUUUUUUUUAACAUUUGCUUUGAAUAAGAUGCUGGUGUGACACAACAGCCUCCUCCUGAUGAGUCUGAGCUGCCAGCCACUACCACAACUACACCUACCCUGAGAACCCCUCCCUCCCUCCCUCCCUCCUUCCUCAACACUGUUCCUCCCUGCCCUCCUCUCUAAAACCACUUUGCUUCAGCCAAAAAGAAUCAAAAUCAAUAUACAGCUACUUUUUAGAAAGACCAAAUUACGUUGUAUCUUUUCCUCUAGCCCUCUUCGGUAGUUGUGGUGGUGGCAUGCAUAUAAAAGUGGAUGCACAGCAGUGGACUGUACAGUCAGUUACACAAGUGGGGGCCCACAUCAAUUAGAGUGUGAUCACACCUGAUCACGGCCAACAAAGGAAGGCUUUCCUUGCCAGGAUACUGGUAUUAGGUUUCACUCUGUGCGAUUUCAAGUGAAGCAGAGUUUGUAAACAAAAGUCACAUGGACUCACGAGUAGCUCAGUUACUGGACAGACUUUUGUAACCCGUCAAGCUGCCAAGUUAGAGAUGUUGGUGCUGGCGAAGAGUCGAAACAAAUCUGACACCGGGUCCUGUAACCUAAGCUCAGUGUUGUGUUUAGGUCUCUGUUCAUACCAGUUGAGAGCACAUGAAGAAAAAGCUGAAUAUGAGCAUCAGCCCAGACUGUGGUUUGCUCUCACUUCAUUUUCUUCUGUCAGGCUUUCCAACCAUUAACUGCUGGCUAUCAGAUGUUCCCAUAAACCCUUGUGUUUUGGGUUUGUUUCCGUAGUUGGUUUGGAUUACAUUUCCAGUCCCACUCAUAAUGAAGCGUGCUACAGAGUCACAUUUUCAGUGUCAGUGAAUCAUUGAGCAACAAAUGGCAUUGUUCUCACCCGGCCAAACAAACGGAAACUGUAGUAGUGAACACUCCACACUUUACAUAAACCCCUUCAAACAUGCCGGGUGUCAACUGACCCUAAAAUGUCAAAUUCUUGGGUUUCUUUAACUUGAAUUUUGAAUCCGUUCACUUCUUUUGAUUACUGGCUGCUGUCUAUCUGUUAAAUAUUCCUGGCCACAUAGAUGGAGAUAGAGAUAGAUUUGUUUGUGUGAAGAGUCGCGAUGGAUACAAAAAUCUAAAUCACAGAUCUGAUUGUUGGUGGAGAUGAGAUCCUAUAUGUGACCUUGUAUUAGUGUGAAGUAAAUGCUUCUAUGUGAGUGGCAUUGUAUGUGAAACACCCAAUAAAAAUAUGUACCAUACAA